AUGCCCGACCUGUGCCAAGCCAGACGCCAGCUCUUUGGUAAACAGAGCUCCGUAAGGGCACUCAUCCAGCAGCAAUGCCCUUUAGGGGAAGACUACCCCCUCCCAUCCCCUAUUCUGCCUUUGCCUUUUCUUUUCGGACCCACUCUCGCCUUUGCUUCACUCCCCAGCGGCAGCGUGGGCGUCAUGUCCUUCAACCCCACCAUCAUGCCACCUGCAAACAGCUCUGCCAAUGGGACUGCCAGCAGGGCCAAGGGUGGGAAGCCCCCUACCAUCCCCACUGUCAUGUUCAUAUUUGGCAUGGUGGGCAACCUCAUAGCCAUCAUGGUGCUCUGCAAGUCCGGGAAGGAGCAGAAGGAGACCACUUUCUACACGCUGGUCUGUGGCUUGGCAGUCACCGAUCUCUUGGGGACCUGCCUGGUGAGACCAGUCACUAUUGCCACUUACCUCUCCUUCAUCCUCCUCUUCUUUGGACUCUCUGGUCUCAGCAUUAUCUGUGCCAUGUCUAUAGAAAGGUACCUAGCCAUCAAUCAUGCCUAUUUCUACAACCAUUAUGUAGACAAGAAGCUGGCAGGGCUCACACUCUUUGUCAUCUAUGCUUCCAACAUGUUGUUCUCUGCCCUCCCCAGCAUGGGGCUCAGCAAAUCUACCUUGCAGUACCCUUACACUUGGUGUUUCAUAGACCGGUGAGUGAAGGAGGCCACCCAUGCAGCAUAUUCCUACAUGUACGCUGGCUUCAGCUCCUUCCUGAUCAUGGUCACUGUGAUCUGCAACAUCCUGGUGUGCAUGGCCCUAAUUCGCAUGCACCACCAGUUCAUGCGAUGCAUGUCCUUGGGGACAGACGCCACCUCCAGCCAUUUAUCUGACUUUCGCAGACACCGGAGCUUCCAUCGGAUGGCUGGAGCAGAGAUCCAGAUGGUUAUUCUGCUCGUUGCCACUUCCCUGGUGGUGGUGAUCUGCUCCAUUCCUCUGAGUAACAUUGUGCAACCCUUCUUCUUUUCCAUCACCCGCAUUGCUAAGUCUUUUCUAAGUACCAGCGUGCUGGCUGUCAACGAAGGCCAUCUCCUCUCCUUCAGUGUUGUUACUUCGCAUUGUGCCAUGGCAUAA